AUGGAGGAGUCUGGCCACAUUAAUGUUACUAUGACCGCCAGUGAGUAUGAACUUUUCAAGGAGGCCAAGAGGCAAGCGGCCUCCGAGAAGAUUUUAAAUGAAAGACUGCCCAAGGGUUAUAGAGCCCCAUCGAUCGGAGAGUAUGACGGGAGCAAAGACCCGGAAGAGCAUUUACGAAAAUUUAAAAAUGCAGCCCUGCUGCAUCAAUACAGUGAUGUUGUCAAAUGUAGAGUUUUCUUGAAUACUUUAGCUGACUCGGCGCUAAAGUGGUUUGAUGGGCUACCUCAAGGAUCCAUCACCUGUUUCUUGGACUUCAAGACGGCAUUCCUGCGUCGAUUUGCUAGUAGUAAGAAAUAUCAGAAGACAGAUCAUUAUCUGUUCGCUCUGAAGCAAGGGUCGACCGAGCCCUUAAGAAGUUAUAUCAACCGCUUUAAUCAAGUGGCCCAAGAUGUCCCCACCGCCACUUCGGAGAUUCUAAUGAGCGCCUCCUCUCAUGGACUAGGAGAAGGAGAAUUCUUCAGGAAUCUCAUCAAAAAUCUCGCUCGGAAUUUUGAUGAGCUGGUGGAAAAAGCCGCUUGUUGCAUUAAGGUAGAAGAGGCACAAGCGACUCGAAGAAAAGCCGAAAGACCACCUCCCUCUACCAACAAGCCGGAGAGAAGAAUGCCUCAACCACCUCCUCAACCCCUGUCGCGCGCUCGGUAA